AUGAGGGCGAUUCUUCCCCUCUUGUCGCUGAGCUCCGUCGCUCAAGCGCUAUACUUCUACAUUGAUGGCUCCAACCCGAAAUGCUUCUACGAGGACCUGCCCAAGGACACGCUGGUAGUCGGCCACUACGAGGCGCAAGAGUGGGACAAUAAUAUCGGAAAAUGGGCAAGACACGACGGCAUCAGCAUCUACAUCUCAGUCGAUGAAACCUUCGACAAUGACCACCGCGUAGUCAACCAGAAGGGCUCGGCCAGCGGACGCUUCACCUUCACAGCGGCGGCGGGAGGCGACCACAAGAUCUGCUUCACGCCGUCGUCCAACUCGGGCAGGCAGAACUGGCUGAGCGUGCUGACGCCCAACGGCGGCAUCAAGCUCAGCCUCGACAUGGCCAUUGGCGAGACGAGCGAGAUUGAGAGCACCGACAAGAGCAAGUUGGAGGACAUUUCGCAGCGCGUCAAGGACUUGAACAGCAGGUUGCAGGAUAUCAGGCGAGAGCAGGUUUUCCAGCGGGAACGAGAAGCCGAGUUUAGAGAUCAGUCCGAGUCCACAAACUCGCGCGUCGUGCGGUGGAUGUUUAUCCAAGUCUUGGUCCUCGGAAUUACUUGCGUGUGGCAGCUAUCGCAUCUUCGGUCUUUCUUCAUCAAGCAGAAGCUUACCUAA